UGGAUAACAUAACAUAAUACACAUCAAAUUUCAGUUUCAUUUUUGUUUGUUCUUUUAUGUUUUUUUUCAUAGACAAAUUUGCCUAGCUGGUUUCUUCUUUUGGUGUCCCCCACUUGCUAUCUACAUUUUUCUCUUAUGUUCACUUUUUUUCUUUUCCCUAUUUAAAUCUAGUGGAAAUGAAACCAAACCAAAGUAGAGUUUUUUUUUUUGAGUUCCCUUUUCCUUUUCUUUGGCUUUGUUCUAGCCUUUGACAUGGAAAUGGGAGUAGAAAAUGACGAUUUGUUGUUUGCAGAGCUUACUAGAAGGAUUUCGCUUCUCAUUAUGGAUGAUGACGAGCUUCCGAUUGUUCAUACGGACUUUACUAGAACAGUACACCAGCUCCGACCAAGGCAGUUUCCAUUAAUGAUGGAUUACGAGAAUGGUUUCAUAAGGGAGAGCAAAGGCACUGGAGUUUUCAUUCCAGCACGGUUGCCACCGCCAAAGAGGAAGCAGAGGAGCGUCGCCGGCUAUAGAAUCAAAACAAAAAACAAGAGCCUCGAUCAUCAACCAUCUUCAAUGUAUUAUUGGGAGCCCAAAAAGGGCUAAGCUCAUAAAUUAUCUAUCCUUUCUAAUUUUGUCCGAGUUUUAGUUCUACAUUAACAUUAAAUUGUUUGAUAAAAUCGUUUGUGAUAGUGAUAAGUCGGUAAACAUCACUUAUGAAAUAAAGCUACGUAGAAUUAGAGAU